AUGACGCUCUUCAUCAAUGGCAAGAUCCUCUCGAGGACUGUGGCCAGCUUGGCUGAUGAGCCCACCUUUGUUGAGAGCAUGUAUGUGAAGGACGGUAUCAUCCAGGCCGUCGGUACGAAGGAGGAUGUCGCGGCGCAGAUCAAGACCGCGGAUGUCACCACGCAGGACUUGCGUGGUCGCACAGUUCUACCGGGGUUUGUCGAUGGCCAUAUGCAUCUUUUGCUGCUGGGACAGUCGUUGCGGAAGAUUGCCCUGGAGCACUGCAAGACCCUCGACGAUAUCCUCCACGAGCUGCGCACCUAUGCAAAGGCUAACCCCGACGUGCCGAGGAUUAUGGCUAAGGGAUGGAUGCACUCGAUGACUCCCGACGGUGUCACAGCUAAGAUUCUGGAUGAGAUCGACUCGCGGCCUAUCUAUGUCGAUACAAAGGACAUGCACUCAACGUGGUGCAACUCUGCUGGCCUCGCGGAGAUGAAGGUCGCAGAUAUGGCUGACCCCCCGGGUGGAAUCAUCGAGAGAGAUGAGAACGGCCGUCCAUCUGGUGUUCUCAGCGAAGCCUGCAUUCUCACUAUCGUAUGGCCCACGCUCGCACAGCUUGCUACGAAUGAGGAGCGCAUAGAGUGCAUGCUUGCUGCUUUCCAAGCCUACCAUGCCUCUGGCUACACGGGCAUCAUCGAAAUGGCAAUGGACGAGUUCUCGUGGGAAUCUCUUGUUGAGCUCAAGAGACGACAUCCCGAAGUAGCCAUGCGCGUCACAGCUUACUGGAUCAUCAAGCCUGCUGCUUCACUCGAGGAGCGUCAACGACAGGUCUCCCGGGCUAUUGAGCUAGCGAAGCAAUACAGCAAGGAGAACUCUCCUGAUCUACGCAUCGCCGGUAUUAAGAUCAUCUGCGACGGCAUCAUCGAUGCCUGCACGGCCUAUCUCUCAGAACCAUACUCCACAGCUCCUUCACCACCGCCGUUCUGGUCAAGAGACGAUCUCGACCCUGUGGUCAAGCAGGCUUCUGAAGCAGGCGUCCAAAUAGCGCUUCAUGCCAUCGGAGAUGCUGCUAUCACCAUGGCAGUCGACAUGCUCGAGAAGUACGGCAAGCCUGGUGCGCGACACAGAAUCGAACAUCUCGAGGUCUCGUCACCGGAAGAUGCAAAGCGCCUGGGUAAACUGGGCCUCACAGCUUCCAUCCAGCCCGUCCACGCAGAUCCCGCCAUCCUUCGCGCCUGGCCACGCCUCAUCGGCGACCGUCGCGACCGCGCAUUCGCAUACCGCGAGUUCGCCGACUCAGGCGCCCUGCUCGCCCUGGGCAGCGACAGUCCCACCGCGCCGUGGAACCCUCUUCACAACGUCUACGUCGCCGCGACACGCCGCUCAGCGCGCGAGCCGGACUGCGAGGAGGUUGUCAACGAGCACUUCAAGCUGGGCGUGUGCGAGGCGAUUGUGGCAGGGUCGCAGGGCGCGGCGAAGAGUGUCUUCCAGGACGAUCGUGUGGGAAGUCUGGAGGUGGGCAAGUUUGCAGAUGUGGUUAUUGCGGAUAUGGAGUGGGAUGCAAAGACGUUGCUCAAGGCGGAGAUCAAGGAGACGUGGUUUGCUGGGAGGAGGGUUUGGAGCGCGGGUGAAGGGAAGGCGAUGCUGUGA